UUAGGGCCAGGAUCUACGCCUGGACAUUUCAAAGUUGGAGGAUCUGCUACUUGACUAUGAGCUAAAUUACUCUGACUACUACAUCCCUGAAGACCUUCCUGAAGCAUGCCACAGCCGUUACUGCUCUGUCUUCGGUGACCACGUCCCAGGAUUCAUGCUGGCCCUGAGCAUCCUCGGCUUAUUGAGCAACAUAGCCCUCGGCACGGCCCUGGCCGCGUACCCGCACCUCUGGGAUCAACAGCACCCGGGCAAAGCCAUUCUCUCCUUAGUGACAAUUGCCAGUGGCAGCUUUGCGGCCAUCUUGUUGGCGUUCGCAGUGGGCUGGGGAGCUGGGGGCAUCUUCUGCAAGGUGGCUCAUGCGCUGCAGUACGGGAGUCUCUUUGCUCAGGGGCUCUUGGUGGCCAGGAGCUCCUGUCUGCUCUGGGGUCUCCCCAGCUGCGUGUUUCUCGUAGCGCUCUGGGCAGUGGGGUUCCUGCUAUCAGUUCCCACAGCCAUGAUCAGUGUUUUGGGUGAUGGUAACUGGGCCAUUUGCACCCUGAGACCACAAGCCAAGCUGGACCCGUGGUACAUAAUCCACGUUACCCUCUGCGUGGCUGAUUUUCUUAUCCUCCCUAUGCUAAUGGGCUUGGCUAAGGUGACUUCCAAGUGGCGUAAAUGCAGCUGCCACCUGCGCAUCGGCCUGACCUGGCUUUUUUACCUCUUCUGGGCACCAUAUGGGGUGGCCAUGAUCCUGAAGAUACUUGUUCAGGAAGAGCUGCUUCGCCCUAGCUGCCCUUUCCAGGAGGCUCUCGACUUCUUCUUUGGGCUGUCGGUGGGACUGGGCAUGCUCCAUUGUGUCCUAUGCCCACUGACCAACUUGGGGGCUGCCAUACGUCACCAAAAAACAACUCAACCAGACAAUUGCUAAACAGGCACUUUUUCCACAUCAAAAUAAAACAUUUUUGAAGCAGGAAAUAAAACAUUUCCUCCGAGGAGUUCCACAACGUUGAUCAGCCCAAAAAUAUUUGAAGUCCAGCCUGAAAAUACAUCCUCAAUUUAAACGCAUCCUUGAUUUUAGGAAUGCUUUUGUUGAAAUGUUUUCAAAAUGUUUUGGCUUGUGGUGCGCAUCUCUUUAAAACAUUUUCUACACCUCUCUGCAGUCCCCAAACUUUCUCCUGGGGGCCAUUUUCUGAGAUCGCUCCUUCGUCUCACCUGUUUAUUUUCAUCAGGGUUCUUUUUUUAAUUUUGGGGGUGAUAUCUUUGAAGCUUCAAGGGCACGACCUAUGAAGAAUCGCAGCUUGAGGCUUUGAAGCGUCAUUCACGGAAAAGUGGAGGGAAAAGGAACAAGGACAAAAUGGCGGCUAGGAAUCAUUUUGAGGGAGUGAGUGCAAACCAAAGGAGGGAGGGGAUCGAAAAUGUUUUGCAAAUGUUUUCACUGACUUGUGCAAAAAAAGACAGGAACCUACAUCCCACAA